GGAUUUGUGGCUUUGCAGAGUUUCUCUGUGGAUCGCGAUUCGCUUCAAUGCGUAGUGACUCGCGCGGCGUAAAUCGAUGUCCAUAUCGGAUUAGUAUGUACCAGUAGUCUCAGACAAAAAGUGUGGUGCUCCAUGGAUAGAAGCGACGCGUCUCUCACUGUCAAAGCUAACUCUGCUGGAAAGGUCAGUUUCUGUGUGGAAAGGGCUAAAUCGAGCUUGGCUAGUUGUGCGUGCAUUUACAACAACCGCAACAUAAAAGAAAGACACACACACAUACACACGCAGAGACGCUUAUGUACACAUACAGACACAGUUGAUCUCUGUGUCUAUUUAAAUCACACACGUAAGGCUGGCUAGCUCUUGCGAUUCGGUGCCUCGACAGUUCUAACCACGGAAAAAGGCAACGUUUUAGAGAAGUAAAAAUAUUUUCCGUGUAGCCUUCGGACAACGUACAGACCGUAUCGGAUAGACUGAGACAGAACGGAAGAGAUAAGAAGAUGGCAAAAUUCAGUACAGCCAAGACAGUUGAACCAAGUAGUUUGGAUUGGCUUACAUAUUUGCGUUACCUCGUAUUUCGUUUGCUACUUUGGCUAACCAGAUCAUCCCGACAGGCGCGUUUCUCUAAACUUUUCGACCUGUCGAGUAAUGAUCCGUACAAGUAUGGCGCACUUCCAACACAGCAGGUGUUUGAUGUCGAAUGGCCAGCGAAAGCGGAUACCCUACAUAAAGCGAACGAUGGCCUGCACUUGUUUUCAGCAUCGGCCAACGGCCAAAUUAUGGUCUUGCUCAUGACACGACGCGCAGACAAACGCGCAACAGUGUUUUUAUAUUUGCGUACACAGAAAGAAAGUUAUGUCCUGUCGAAGGACAUAUACGUUGAUCACUCGGCUGAGGAUACGUUUGCGGUGGACGGAUUGCGCCUGGAGUGUAUUAUACCUCUGCAGCGGUGGAGGAUCUCAUUUAACGGUCUUUUGAGGAACAAGUCGACUGGAGCAGAUGAUCACGUGCGCUUCGUGUUUACGAGUAAUUUCGUAACUAGCGUGGCCGAUCAGGCGGUGUUCCACUCGGAACCUCUGUUAGCUAUGCAGCUUGCUCGUAGCCCUAAACUCUCUCUUCUCAAAACAAUUAGUGAUCCCGGAAGCAUCAAUCGCAGCUUAAAGGAAAUCGAUGCCAUCAUCCAGUCUAUGUCUUAUGUCGGGAAGGUUCGCGUAGAGGAAACAGCGUCUUCAGAAGUUCACGAAGAAGAAGUGUUCGCGUUUGGUUACAAAAAAAGAUGUAGAGAACAGACUUCGUCUGCUGUAAACACCCACGGCACCCUCAUGGGUUACACCCGGAACGGUAUCUUUGUCUACUUGGAAGAGGUAUCCAUUAAAGGUCUGAGCCAAAGCUUGACCAACGGUGUACUCGUCUUCCCAUCGUUUCUUCACCUUCCAAUAGAAAACGCGUCUCUCAAUGUAAUGAAACAGAACGAUAUUUGCAGGGGCUUCACUCUCGGAUGCGGAUCCUUGCCAUCGAUGGAGCUAACACUUGACGAAGAGCUCGACACUCUGACGUUUAAUCACGAAUUUCACAGUGAGACUCGGAAGCGAACUGCUCGAGUCUUUAGAAUGACUUUCGACACCAGAGAGGGUUACGCCGUGUUCUUUGGGGCACUUAGAAAUCGUGUUGAAGUUAACCUCUUACCGAUAGCUACUCACAUUCGAGAACCAAUUCGACUUCAACAUGGUUCAGGUUGCAAUAUAGUCUCGUUCGAAAACAGACUCUGCGCCGAUGCAAAUUUCACUGGCGGAAAGGCCAGUUCACUAGCGAUUCUUACGUCAUUAGCAAAGGACUGCGAAAAAUUCGAGGUGGCGAAAGGAUUGGCGGUGACCACGGUAGCAUACGAUCUUUUUACAAAACAAUAUGUCGUAGCCCAAGCCGUCCAACAGCUCGAAGAUACCGUUCGGGCGAAGACGAAUAUGGAGCGAUUGAAAAACGUUUGCCAACAAGUUGUCAACACCAUUGGUUCUGCGGCGAUACCUUUCGAGAUCAAAGAUGACCUCAAUAAAGAGCUGAGCAGAAUAUUCGGAGCUGAUUUUAAAUCAAAGCGCUUUGCUGUCCGCUCCUCGGCCGUAGGCGAAGAUUCAGAAGAGAUGUCGGCUGCCGGCCAAAUGGAAACCUUCCUCGGAUGCCGAGGUCUGGACGAGAUCACUCGUUCAAUUGCUAAAUGUUGGGCCAGUCAGUUCUCUUUCGUGGCACUGCAGUACCGAAGGCGAUAUGGCCAGGAGAUUAAUUGCCGUAUGUCGGUCUGCGUGCAGGAAAUGGUCGCAUCUGAAGUUUCAGGGGUCAUGUUCACCGUGGAUCCGGUGACGUGUAAUCCGAAAUUUAUUACCAUCACAGCGAACUACGGCCUAGGAGAGAGUGUCGUAUCGGCAACGGCAGACCCCGAUACGUUCAUUCUUGAAAAGAGCGGGGAGUUUGGCGCUCGACUUGUAAGCUCAACGCUUGGAAGUAAAAAACUUCGCACAGUCAUGGACGAUAGUGGAGGCAUCCGCAAUCUUAAAGUCGCCGAUAGCGAAGCCCAGCAGGCCCAAACUCAAGCCUGCCUUAACGAAGACCAGCUAAAGAAAUUGGGCGAGGUUGCGCGCCUUAUCGAGAACCAUUACGCUUCGCAGCGUGACACGGAAUGGGCCUUCGCUCCUGGAGGCCAGAAACUGGUCCUUUUGCAGGCUCGGCCCGUUACCUCAGCGCACCGGUUAGACACCGACUUCGAAUUUUAUCAUGAAACUGACGCGGGCGUUACAUCUGAAUACGAUUGCCUUUCGAAGGCAAACGUUGGUGAAGUGUUCGGCGGGAGUGUGUCGCCUCUAACCCUGGAAGUAAGCUUCCGUUGCUUCACCAAACUAUUCAAGGAAAUGAGGAUGCGAGUAACUGGCCAGAAAAUUUGGGAUAUAAUGUUUGCUCGAGACCAGUUUUUUUUCACACAGAACAGUCAGUGUUUCUUCGCAACAUUCUCGCCUGUGCUAGACUACACCUGUGACGAUAUCAUGUCAAGAGGGUUUUCAAUCUCGAUGGCAGGCCGAAUUAUCAACGAUGAUAUUGUGAAAACGUCGGCAGCAAAUAAACGUCGCUACCUGUUUCAAGAAGGGCGACCUAAUUUUCUUAGCCUCAUAAAGGACAUGUGGAAUGCGGAAGGUAUCCUAGACGAGGCUGAAAAGGUCGUGCAGGAAUCGAACAUAACAUUCGACGAUUGCAAGGAUUCGCGUGAAAUACUGCAUCGAAUUAUGGCCAAUCCACACCUACAAGAACAUGCAUUGAAUGGCCACUCCAAACAGAUCUACUACGGGACGAUCUUUAACGUGUUCGUACUAGCGAUGCUCUCAAAAGCCGAAGGAGGUUGGACCCAAAGAGUAUUCGGAGACUUUGCUAAGGUCGUAGCUUCAUGCAAUAAUCUUGUAAGUGCGGACGUUCCGCAGAUGCUUGCGAAGAUUAGCCAUGAGGCAGGAAAGGACUACGGUGAAGAGUUUAAAAGGAUAUCUCCUGAAAAGGCGCUAGAAAAGUUAAAAAGCGACAAAACGAAAACAGCAGAGCUUUUUGCGGUUUUUCUUCAGAAGCAUGGCCAUCGCUGUUUGCACGAGUUUGAUCUUGCAUCCCGCCCUUGGGCAAUGAAUCCUCUUCCAGUCGUAACGACAAUUCAGGAGAUGUUGGGUACGGCCGACAUUGCGCCUAAAAGGAAGGUGAGCGUUGAAGAGCUUGUGGACAGCAUGGAAAUUAAGAUGAGCCUAUGGAAGCAGCGUAUCCUUCGUUUUUUGCUGCAUCGCGUCCGCAAUGGUAUCGCCAAUCGUGAACGGGCAAAGAGCAAUCUGAUUAUGAGCUCGCAUAAAUACCGUAUGAUGUUCCGAACAUUGGCCAAUCGACUCGUCUACGAAGGUCGUUUACCCGAUCCUGAUUUGAUCUUCUUUCUGUUACCCAAUGAGAUCAUGCAACUCAUUACGACCCGAUCAUCUAAAAUCAUCGUGCGUGCAAUACACAGGAAAAAAAACCAACUUCGAGCAUCUAAGGACAUCUACCCUGAACACAGUACUGGACUCCCAUUUAAACCGGUGAACAUGGACCCUCCGGGUCCCGAAGUGAGGGGUUUACGACGGAUUAAUGGCACACCCGUUGCGCAAGGAAUAGUCGUAGCAUCGUGUCGUGUGGUCAUCUGCCUGGAUGAUGCUCACCAAAUUCAGCCCGGGGACAUUUUGAUUACUUAUGCCACCGACAUCGGAUGGUCACCAUACUUCCCGAUGCUCUCGGGUAUUGUCACAGAACUUGGAGGUCUCAUCUCUCAUGGUGCCGUGGUAGCACGAGAGUACGGUUUACCCUGUAUAGUAGCUGCUCAUGGAGCAACAAAGCUGUUCCACUCAGGAGAAAAGGUUCUCUUAGACGGCAACAAAGGCUUCCUACAAACGGUCGACGAAGACCAAGAAAAAAAAGACUAAACAAUAGACAAAUACGAAGACCUACUCUGUAUACGGCGACAGCGAAAUCACCAGUCGCCGGCCAACGCUUUUAUUCCCGAGGCCGAGAGAUCUGGCAGAGACAGAAAACGAGCGGUACAUAAAAAGUUUAAAAGGAGUGCAGUUAAUGAACUUCCAUCGUCUAAACCGGAUGAAGCCUCCGAAGACUUCGAACGACGCAUUAAAUAUACUCAAAAGAGUGUUAAAAAUCUGACAAGCAGUGUCAAAUUUGUGUACUAACAAGGGAAUACAAAAUAUCCUAAGACAACUAAAGUGCUUGUUUUUGCGUAUAAAAAUAAAGUUCGUAAUUACCACUUUUGAUAGGCUGACGCGCUGGCGGUAAUCGAGUGCCUAUGAUUAUUCGUGACGACGGAUAGUUGUCGUCGGCGUCAAGAAGUACUCAAACAUUAUUUCACAUGUUUAUACCAACGAUUUUUGUAAAGUUAACUUUUUGAACAAUUUUAAUAAAAUAUUUCUAGUGAAAACAGA